AUGGCUUUAUCAGAUACAGAAGUCCAAAAGCAGAUCCACCAUAUGAUGGCCUUCAUCGAGCAAGAAGCCAAAGAAAAAGCGGAUGAAAUCGAUGCUAAGGCCGAGGAAGAAUUUAACAUUGAAAAAAGCAGAUUGGUACAGCAGGAAAAGUUAAAAAUUUUAGGCUUUUAUGAAAAGAAGGAGAAACAGAUUGAACUUCAGCGUAAAAUACAACACUCCAAUAUGUUGAAUCAGUCGCGUUUAGCCAUUCUUAAAGAAAGGGAAAACCUUAUUAAGGCUAUAAUGGAGGAUACAAGAGUCAAACUUGGAGCAGCUACUAAGGAUCAAGAGAAAUAUAAGGGUUUACUACAAGGUUUAAUUACACAGGGCCUAUUUCAAUUAUUAGAGAAAACAGUCAUAGUUCGUUGUCGUCAAGCCGACUUGAAACUGAUUAAGGAAGUCAUCGGAGAUGCAGUUAAAGAUUAUAAGAACGCUUCCAAAAGGGACAUUGUUGUCAAUGUUGACAUUAAAGAAUUUCUUGGAUCGGAAAUCUCUGGAGGUGUUGAAUUGCUCACACCGUCUGGAAAUAUUAAAAUUUCCAAUACAUUGGAAAGCCGCCUUGAAUCCCUUUAUCGUCAAAUGUUACCGGAAAUCAGAACAACUCUCUUUGGUGCCAAUGAAGGCAGGAGAUUCACAGAUUAAGAUUUGGCUACCGUCAGUCUUUUAUAGGCUAGUUGCUCUUAUGGGAUGUUACUAUAGCAGCUUAUUUCAUACGCAUAUGUAUUGGUUGCUAAUAUUUUAAGGUGUUUUUUAUGUAACUGACUAUAACAGUAUGUUGAAAAUGCUUCUAAUACACCUAAAGUUAUUAGUUAUUAGAUACGUAGAGAAAUUUCAGAAUGUUCGUAGUUUUUAAAAGAUAUAAGUAAUUUUUAAUAGAUGUAUAACCUUGAUGUCUUAACUUAUUAUUCAUUGUGAUGAUGAAAGUAAAUUGGCUAUUGAUAUAUUUAAAGUAAGCAAUUUGGUUGUUGAAACCAUAAAAGAAUUAAGCCUUACCGAUAAUUCAACUCGACAUCGUUGAAAAAGCUGUACUAUAAUAUAACGUUACCGCAAAAGUAAUAAAAAAAUCGUAAUCAUUCGCAA